UUGUGCAGAAUUGGGGAAGUCGGUUGUGUACCAGGAGACCAAUGGAGAGACGAGGGUGGAAGUGAAGGAGUCCGUGCGUGGCCAGGAUGUUUUCAUCAUACAGACCAUACCCAGAGACGUGAACACGGCGGUGAUGGAGUUGCUGAUCAUGGCGUACGCCCUGAAGACGGCCUGCGCCAGGAACAUCAUCGGGGUGAUCCCGUACUUCCCCUACAGCAAGCAGAGCAAGAUGCGGAAGCGGGGCUCCAUCGUGUGCAAGCUGCUGGCCUCCAUGCUGGCCAAGGCCGGUUUGACCCACAUCAUCACGAUGGACCUUCAUCAAAAGGAAAUACAAGGCUUUUUCAGCUUUCCCGUGGACAACCUCCGCGCCUCCCCUUUCCUGCUCCAGUAUAUCCAGGAAGAAAUUCCAAAUUACAGAAAUGCAGUCAUCGUAGCGAAGUCUCCUGAUGCUGCGAAAAGGGCCCAGUCGUAUGCAGAGAGGCUGCGCCUGGGGCUGGCUGUCAUCCAUGGGGAAGCCCAGUGCACAGAGCUGGACAUGGACGACGGGCGACACUCCCCACCGAUGGUCAGGAACGCCACGGUGCACCCGGGCCUGGAGCUGCCCUUGAUGAUGGCCAAGGAGAAGCCGCCCAUUACCGUGGUGGGCGACGUGGGCGGACGCAUCGCCAUCAUCGUGGAUGACAUCAUCGACGACGUGGAGAGCUUUGUAGCUGCCGCGGAGAUCCUGAAAGAAAGGGGCGCUUACAAGAUCUAUGUCAUGGCUACCCAUGGCAUCCUGUCGGCAGACGCGCCCCUGGUGAUCGAGGAGUCCUCCAUCGACGAGGUGGUGGUGACCAACACCGUCCCUCAUGAGGUGCAGAAGCUGCAGUGCCCCAAGAUCAAGACUGUGGACAUCAGCUUGAUCCUGGCUGAAGCCAUCCGAAGAAUUCACAAUGGGGAGUCCAUGGCCUACCUCUUCCGAAACAUCACUGUGGAUGACUAGCCCUCACGGUGGCCUCGGCCCCAGAACACCUGCAGGGUUCAAGUUCACGCGCCGUCUCCUUUCAGAGGAGGGCUGGGCAUCGACCACCAGGAGGGAGGGAGAGCGUGUCUGUCGCCGAGAUUGUGGAGGGCAUCCAGUCCGUCAGGAGGGCAAAGCUAAUGGAGAAGUGGCACCGCCCGAAGAGUCUGCCGUUGGCACUCCUGCUCCCCGAACUCGUUACAGACUUCCCCGGGAACAUCCGGUUGCCUUUGACAGGUCAGAAAAGGCAGAGCGCCCUGCUCUGUCCGCGUCCCUUGAGCGUGUGAGCUCCCAAGAGACGCAGGAGUGUCUGCUGCCCUCGUCCCAGUUAACCAGCCUCAUGUCGGCCUUUUCUAGAGAAGCCGCCGGUCUCGGCCCAUCCUGUGCUGUCUGGAUAGGUUGCUCUUAAUAAAAGACCUUGUCUCCUA